AUGUCCCGCCUCAUCGACAUCCGCCACAUCCAGCAACAACCUCCACCUUUCCUCCUCCUCUCCUCUCUCAUCAUCCUUUCGUCGAUACAACCUCCGUCCAGCUCGACUUCGCCUGCCAGCCUGCUCCUCACGCUUACUCAUACCUCCAUCGAAUACAUCACCAAGCGGACGGCAUUCGAGCAGGCCUCUGCCGAUAUACCUCGAACACUAGCAAGCGAGCAUACCGCUCCUCCGGAGGAAUAUCGAGAGGCAAUACAGAUCUUCGUAGCUGACAUCAUCUCCCGCUCGAAAGAUGUCGAGAAGCUCAUAGCGGCUCUGCCAAAAAAGGACGAUAGCGGAGCGAGGGCGGAGCGAUUGAGAGAGCUACAGGGGGAGAUGAUUGUUGCGAAUCAGGAAUACAAGGAGGCAUUAGCACAAGCUGAAUCUCUGUUGGAGGAGAUGCAAAAUGCACUGGCGGUAGCAUUAGACGAUACGCGCGACCCGCAGUUGGAAGAAACGGCCAAGCAGUUCCGCAAGAAGGGCGUAGGGGAUGUAGAGCGAGAAGAGGAGGUCGAAAAACGGGCGAUAUAA